UCUUUCUUAUCCCCACCGGACCAUGUGCAGAAUGUACAUUCAAUAAACGAAUAAACGAAUAAAUUCGGCCAACUCCGCUACAAAGCAGCUAAGCGAAAACCUAACAGGCUCCGACCAAUUUCUUAACUACUCCUUUCCAAACUUUCAACGGCCCCCAAACCCAGAAUAAAACCCCAAAUUCUCCCUGCCAAAUGAAUGAACCCGGAAUGCCACACAUGCUCCAACGCGGAUGCGCAAUGAGAGGACAAAGCCGGAAAGCGACGAUGGAUGAAAGGGAUGUGCCCUAAAUACCACAAAUUCGCCCCAUGAGGCCAAAAUUGAGAGUCGUGAGAAGAACACUGAGGGGAAAACAAAAAUGGAAUGAAGUCAAUGAUCCGCAUUCAAUUUUCCACCACGUGCGUGGGAAUUGGUCAUUGACAGAGUUGAGUCGUCAAAGCAACAACAAGAUGGCACAACGUCUCAAACAGACAUCUCAACUUUCUCUUCACACCGGGAGUCUUGCUCCUCAAGCGAGAGCAACUGACGCGCGAUCCAAGGCCGUACACUUGCCCGAAAUUCUUAUAUACGUGUUUCAAGAAUGCGACAAACGCACCCUGACAUCCUGCGCAAGGGUCUGCAAAACGUGGAACACGUAUUCUGUUCGCCCUCUUUGGAAAAAUAUUAAUGCGCAGCAGGCAAUCUUUAGGCCGCUAUGGCCAAAUCGUUGGAGCACCGAAGAACACUCCCUGCUGAGAGGCAUCCUUCGUUGCGCCGAAUGGACGGAGCAACUUCACAUAAAUAUUACCGAGGAGCACCUCAACGGCCCUCCUCAGCUUUGGGCCGUGCGAUACAAGACGGUGGCAGAAUUCAUCCUGAUCGCGCCCCUCUUUCGCCAACCACACUUUCCACGCCUUACUGAAUUGAUUUAUGACUGCCAUUCAUCCGCUCUGCGGGCUCUCCCUUACUGGCUUUCACCAGGACUACUCAAACUCGAGCUGCGGGUGAACGAAACGGAUGAUUUAGCCUCCUUGAUCCUUCGAACAUUGCAUGAGCACACCCCUCGUUUGACUUCCUUGAGUGUUUGCUUCGGCGACGUGUCCAUUGACCCCGCUUCCUACGAUCUGUCUUCCAUGUUAAAUGCCCUCACUCAGUUGGAAGUCUUUAAAGCUCACCCGUCCCUAAUUUUUAAGCCCUUCAUGUGGAAAGAGCUGGCCUCAUUACCAAAUCUCAGAUUGAUGGAAACCCGCUACCGGUUCGAGCACCUACCGAAGGAGAGGUACUGGCAUGUGGGUACCCUGGAGGAUGUGGAUGAUCCAUUCCCGACUCUGGAGUGUAUAGACGGGAAGAUCCCACAGGACUUGGUACCCGAGGUCUUUGGAAUGCGAGGAAUCUUCAAACUGCGCCAUCUAAAAAUAUGGGUACUGGAUGCCCCUUCCGAGCUAACGAUUCAAACGAUCUUUCAAACGAUACCGGCUUAUUACAACCAACUUGAAACGUUUUCGGUUAAGCUGUCAGCUUGGGAAUCCCCUCGCCAUGAUUUGACUACCUUUGUAUUCGAGCACCUCAAGACAUUCUCGCUCUGGACACCAAAGUCCUUCGUCAUCGCGCCCGAUGCGUUCGUCGAGUUCACUCAGCGUCAUCCUAGUCUUCUUUCCUUGACAUUGGACUGUGAGGAAUGGAGCACGGAAACUGGCAUUACCCCCGACGUUGUAUCCCGCAUCCUCGAGGCUUGUCCGUCCCUCAGAUUGUUGCAGAUAGGUUUGCAGGGUAAGCGUUACGCGAUGCGGCUCAUUGAUAAGGAAAUACAAAAGUUGCGUGCUGAACACGGCUUGCAACUCGAUGUCAAACAAGCGUAAGUUGGUGGUAAUGGGAGUUGGAAGAGGGUGCUGCUCUUCAGGAGAACUGAUGACGUCGUCUGCGUGCAACAAUCAUACCUGGAAUCUCCUUCAUCCACCCCCUACUUCGAUACCCCGUAGCCCCCACCAACUUUCCAUG